AUGGAGCCUUCUCAUUCACAAAAGCGAAUAGAGCCUGAAGACCGAUCAUCGGCCGCUAACCAUCCAUCUGUUUCGCCUUCAGACAACACGCGUGUGAGCUCCCCACAGACGAGUGGGACCAGGAUCGGUGGAAACAUCCCAACUCAGCCGAAAAAUCACGGGGCUUUCCCACAGCCACCAUCAGGACCUUAUCAGGGAUCGAGGUCGUCAUCUCAACAUCACCACGGUUCUCCGCAUGUCUCUCUACUAUCAGCACCGACGCGUCCUCGACGUGGACUGGGUCCCCGGGAGACUUGGAUGGGGACUCCUCCUGCACGCCGCGGAGGGGCUGCAAAUUCACAGGUUCCGCCAGCAGGUCCUCGUGCUUCUUUUUCAUCCCCAACACCAGGUGGUGGCUAUCGAUAUCCAACUUUCCGGCAAUCCAGUACGUCGUCUGCAGCCCAACAACAAUCUACUUCGAAGGGAGCAAACCACCUCGCGGCUCUGUGUACUAUUAUACCGGAAGGCCGGAGCUUGCCAUCACUUCUGGAUCCUGCUGUUGAAAAGCGGCUCGUGCAACUUGAGCUAGACAAAGAAAAGCUCCUUGAGCAAGUCACGGAGACACAGAGAUCUAAGCGAGCACAGCUUCGCGAAUGGGACAGACUUGAUCGCGAAAGUUCCAUCUGUGCUCUCAAGAGUGAGCUCGCCGAGGGUCAUCUCCAGCGGAUGACCGAUGAGAGUAUUGGGAGUGGGACUUUGUUUUAA